AUGAUUAUUGGUUCUCUAAAUAUUAGAGGGGGAGGCAAUGUUCUUAAAAGAAGGUUAAAAUCUUUGAUGUAUAAGGGCAAUGCGGACGUGUUUAUGUUUCAAGAAACCAAGAUUUCAAAUUUACAAGAUUUUGUGGCUAAAAGUUUUUGGAAUAAUAUUAAUAUUGGUUAUUCUUUUUCAAAUUCCGUGGAUAUGGCGGGGGGUCUUCUAACAAUAUGGAAGGAGAAGGAGGUGGAUGUGAUUAAUAUUUUUAAAGGGGUUCGUUAUCUUGGCAUUAAAUUUCAGAAGGAGCAUAAAUUUUACUACUCGGUAAACAUUUACUCAUCUUGUGACUUGACUCAAAAGAGAAUUUUAUGGAGGAAGUUGUUGGAUUUGAAGGAGGUUUUCAAUGACGGUGAAUGGAUUAUGGGUGGAAAUUUUAAUGCUAUUAAAGAUCGCAAUGAAAGGAAAGGGAGGACAGAGGUUUUUAAUCACAAUGACAUAAACUAUUUUGCGGAUUUCAUUCAUGAAAGUAGAUUGGUGGAUUUACCUUGUAAAGGAAAAAAGUAUACUUGGUAUAGCGGCGACAGGAAAUCGAGAAGUAGGAUUGAUAGAUUCUUAAUCUCGGAUAAAGUGGUUAAUGAUUGGGGGUGGUGGGUCAAUUUGUGGGUGAUAGAGAUAUUUAUGACCAUUGCCCUGUAUGGUUGGAAGUGGGAUAAUAAGAAUUGGGGCCAUAAAUCUUUCAAGUUUAACAAUGAAUGGUUUUCUUUUAAAUUUUUCAUUCCUUUUGUGGAAUCGGAGUGGAAAGGAUUUAAAGUGGAAGGAAGAGGGGAUUUUGUGUUAAAAGAAAAGCUUUAUCUUCUAAAAGGAAGACUUCAAUGGUGGAACAAGGAAGUCUUUAGAAGGACCAAUUUGGAUGUGGAGGAGGGAGUACAGAAGAUUAAUUUAGGGGAUUUGUUAUUGGAAGUGGAAGAGGAAGUUUUCACCCCGGCAUAG